CGGGCCCCAGGGCAGCCGCAGGUUGAAACAGGCAAGUGGCAGGGAGAAUAUCAGACCAAAACAGGCUUGUUGGGUGGGCAGGAUAGUGAGGCUGCUGGAGAGAAAAGAAACAGCAAAUAGCUCAGAAGAGUGUGGAGGAGAUAGAGAAUCACAUACUCCUCUUCAAAAAGAUUUCAGUGGAGCUCCAAGAGACAGAAAGGCAGCAAACAGCCAAGCUGGAGAGAAGAGAUUGUCUCCAAACUCAGCAGAGUGCAUGGGCACAGGAGACUGAUAGCAGCCAAGUAAACAGAGUUCACAACCGUGGUAGCCGCAGGAGCAAAGACUGCUCAGUGACAAGCAUGAGCACUGUUCCACAGACCUGUGACCAGGAGCUGAGAACAGGUGCAAAGAAAGAACGAUGCCUUCAGGGGAAAAGCCUACUUCUAUGUGCACUUCUUCUCAGUAUUCUCCUUGGUUUUACAUUGCUUAUCACCUACCUCAUGAUGACUUGUGCUCUAGGAUCCUGUGAUGCUGAGUCAGAUCCUGCUCUGUUGGCAAGACUUCUGAAUUCUAGGAAUGACACUGUAAACCCCUGUGAGAACUUCUACGAAUAUGCCUGUGGCAGAUGGGAAGGCAAACAGUCAAGCAGAACCAGAGAAGAAUCACUAAAUGUAUUUGAUGUGUUGUUGGAAGAAAACCUGUUGAUCCUGAAAAGGCUUUUAGAAAGUCCACAGUUUGGGAUAAGAGGUUCAGCCAAGGAGAAAGCAAUACGAUUUUAUCGUUCCUGCAUGGAUACUGAACAAAUAGAAUCCCAAGGAGCUCAGCCAUUGAAGGACCUCCUAAAUCAGGUUGGUGGAUGGCAUAACACAGGUGUAGGGGAAACAAAAGAUUUUAAUGAAACUCUUCAGAUUCUCAUGAGCAGAUACAGCACCUUUCCGUUUUUUAGAGUCCAUGUGGGACCUACUCCUUUUGACCCCAAGACCAAUAUUAUUCAGAUUGACCAUCCUGAGUUUGAUAUUCCGCUUGAGAGUGAAUUCAAAGAGAAAAAUUAUCUUGAGGUUCUCCGUGUGUAUCUUUCGUAUUUGAAGAAAUUGGGAGUCCUACUUGGAAGGACAGAGGAUGGUCCCCCUGACUCCUUUUCCUUGACCUUGUCCUUCAUCUCUAACCUCCAGCGAUUUGUCACUCCACUGCAGAAAAGACAGCAGAGGGGGAUGCUGUUCUUUCACACUACCAUUAGGGAGCUACAGGAAAAGGCACCUGCUAUUGACUGGCUGGCUUGUCUCAAGGCUGUCUUCCAUCCUGUGCCAAUGAACCUCUCUCAGCCAAUUGCAGUGCAUGACAUGGAUUACUUAAGCAACAUGUCACAGCUCAUUGAGAAAUGGCACAAGGGAAGGGUCCUUCACAUUUAUAUGAUUGUUUGUCUGGUUGGGAAUCUCUCCCCAGCCCUUGACAGUCAAUUCCAAGAUGCACGCCUGGAGCUGUAUAAGAUCCUUUAUGGAAGAAUGGGAUCUAGAAUGAUCCCAGCUGAACGCUGGAGGAAGUGCUUGACUGAUACCAGCUCUUUCUUUGAGCCAGUUCUAGGGAAGAUGAUUGUGCAAGAAAUUUUCCCUGAGCAGACCAAGAAAUUUGCUGAGCAGAUGUUCUCUGUAAUCCAAGAUGCCCUCUGUGACCGCCUGGAUCAGGUGGAGUGGAUGGAUGAACAGACUCGGCGAAAUGCUAAAGCCUUGGUAUCCAGACUACAAGUGGAGAUUGGUUAUCCAGCUCACAUGCUCCAGACUGACAAAGUGAACCUGGAAUACCAGAAUGUGAGCUAUAUAAAUCACCUUCCCUGUCUCUUCCCUCAGCUGGAGAUAAAUGAAGACACUUUUUUCCUCAAUGUGGUGGCUUGCUUGAAAGUACAGAGGGAAAAUUCCUACCUGAAGCUCCUUCAGCAUAACCCACAGAAAAGCUGGCAUGUGCACCCCUGGAGUGUGCAUUCUUACUAUUCAAUAAGGCACCACAUGGUGGUCUUUCCAGCUGGAAUGUUCCGCAGUCCUUUUUUCCACAUGGAGUUUCCCAGUGCUGUGAAUUUUGGAGCCAUUGGAGUCUUCAUGGCACAUGAAAUUCUUCACGCAUUCUAUGGUUAUGUGUUGCCUGAGGGCUGUCCUGCAUGCAACAGGAAUGCACUACAAAGCUCUAUAGACUGCUUGGUUGAGCAGUAUGAAAGCUACAGCUUUAAUGUCAAUGGUACCUUCACACUGUUGGAGAAUACAGCUGACACUGGAGGGCUCGCCGUCGCUUACCAGGCCUAUAAGAAUUGGCUGAAAAAGCACAAAGAAGAGGAUUUACCUAAGAUUGGACUUUCACACGAUCAACUUUUCUACCUCAGUUUUGCUCAUGCAAUGUGUGGACACCAGGAUCCAGAGAAGCUCCAGUCUUCCCUGAACACAGAUCCACAUAGUCCCUUGCCACUUCGUGUCUCUGGGCCUGUCAGCAAUAGCCAGGACUUUUCCAAAAGCUUCCAAUGUCCCAGUGGAUCCCCAAUGAACCCAGAAAACAAAUGCCGCAUCUGGUAAUGGGCAUGGAAGAGCAGGAAGAGAGAUGUGAUCCCAGGGAGAGGAAGGCCUGACACGUGAAAAUAUGACCAUCUUCUCAGAGCCUCUAGGGUGACAUGGUGCUCUGAGCCACUCCUUUGCCUUCCUUUUCUUGUUAUCCUUUGCUCAGCAUUUGAUGGCAGGGAAAUUCUUAAACUGAUCUCAUGAGGAGGGGAUCUCCUCCAAGGCUCUCAGUGCUCUGUCCCAGAUGUGUGAAAAGUCCCAGGGCAGCAAGGUGACUGGCCAGUUUCUGGUAGGCAACACUUGUGAGGAAUUGUGAACAGAAAGACUGUUACAUUAUUAGUCCUUCUAUUCACUGCAUUUACCUGUCUGCUCCAGCAGCCUCACAGUCCUGUAGAAAGGGCAAGUCCAUCAACUGGAGCUGGAAGACUUGUUAAUAUCUCACAAGAGCUCUUGAGGAAAUCCUGUGGGUCACUGUGCAAACCACAUAUAACUCACAAGAGAGGGAAGAAUCCUCUUCUCUUCUUUUGCUAAUAAAUAGAGACAGGUGCUAGGAAAGACUCAGUGGUUACAACUUGUAGGCUGAAAGGUAAGUGACUUAAUAAUGAAGUUUACUGGAGGCCUUCUCUGCUCUGUUUU